AUCAUCCAUCACCAGAUUAGAAACAUCUCAAAUCUCUCUCUCCCUUUCUCUCUCUCUCUCUCUCUCUAACCCACCCUGUCAUCGGCAAUUCAACAACGGGAAAAAGAAGAAUACACAAACAAAAAACAAAAAAAAAACUACCCACGAAAGAUCUUUUUUCCCCAAACGCGAACACAACUCUCUGCCCAAUUGCUGAUUUCCAUCAAUUAAUCAUCAAGAGAGAGACAAGGGGAGGAGGAGGAGGGAUCGGAGGAGAGAUUGAAAAUGAGUUUCAGGGAGGAGAGUGACGAUUCGAAGGAUCUCAAGAAGCCGUUCCUCCACACGGGGAGCUGGUACCGGAUGGGGUCGAGGCAGUCCAGCAUGAUGGGCUCCUCUCAGGUCAUUCGCGAGAGCUCAAUCUCCGUCGUCGCAUGCGUCCUCAUCGUCGCCUUGGGUCCCAUCCAGUUCGGUUUCACCUCUGGUUAUUCUUCUCCUACACAAACUGCUAUCACGGACGAACUUGGACUAACCGUAUCUGAGUACUCUUUGUUUGGUUCUCUAUCAAAUGUGGGUGCAAUGGUUGGGGCAAUAGCUAGUGGUCAGAUUGCUGAGUAUAUUGGGCGAAAAGGGUCUUUGAUGAUUGCAGCCAUCCCAAACAUUAUUGGUUGGCUAGCCAUUUCAUUUGCUAAAGAUUCGUCUUUUCUCUAUAUGGGAAGGUUGUUGGAAGGGUUCGGUGUGGGAAUAAUCUCUUAUACAGUUCCCGUAUAUAUAGCCGAGAUAGCACCUCAAAACUUGAGAGGCGGAUUGGGUUCAGUUAACCAGCUCUCUGUCACAAUUGGAAUUAUGCUGGCCUAUUUGCUUGGUCUUUUCGUUAAUUGGAGAGUACUUGCAGUUCUGGGAAUAUUGCCAUGUCUGAUAUUGAUACCUGGCCUAUUUUUCGUUCCUGAAUCCCCCCGGUGGCUGGCAAAAAUGGGAAUGACAGAAGAGUUUGAAGCAUCUUUGCAAGUGCUCAGAGGGUUUGAUACUGACAUUUCCAUUGAAGUAAAUGAAAUUAAGCGGUCAGUAGCAUCAACUGGCAGGAGAGCUACAGUACGUUUUGGCGAUCUCAAGCAAAGAAGAUAUUGGUUUCCGCUAAUGGUAGGAAUUGGAUUACUUGUCCUCCAACAAUUGAGUGGAACUAAUGGAGUUCUCUUCUACUCCAGUACCAUUUUCGAAUCUGCUGGGAUUACAUCAAGUAAUGUUGCUACUUUUGGACUUGGCUUGGUUCAGGUUAUUGCCACUGGAGUUGCUACAUGGUUGGUUGACAAAACAGGCCGUAGGAUUCUACUCAUCGUGUCUUCUACUGGAAUGGCUGUUAGCCUCCUAGUUGUUGCAGUUUCAUUCUUCAUAAAGGAUUCUAUAUCAAAUGAUACUACCCUUUAUUCCAUAUUGAGCAUCAUCGCAGUAGUUGGAGUUGUGGGCAUGAUAAUUGCAUUUUCUCUUGGAAUGGGGCCUAUUCCAUGGCUCAUAAUGUCUGAGAUCCUUCCAGUCAAUAUCAAGAGCCUUGCUGGAAGCACAGCAACACUGGCCAACUGGUUUUGUGCCUGGAUAGUUACGUUGACUGCCAACAUAAUGUUGAACUGGAGCGGUGGAGGAACAUUCACUAUUUAUAUGGUUAUGUGCAUUGUUACUGUUGCAUUUGUGUCUCUCUACGUGCCUGAGACGAAGGGAAGAACUCUAGAAGAAAUCCAGUGGUCUUUCAGAUGAUUUUCACGCUCUUUCUUUUUUCGCUUUAGUUUUCCGGUACCCAAUUAUUCAUUUUCAGAGUCUCUCUUCAUUGUUUUUCCUUUUGUUGUUGUAUUCAUAUCCCCCAACCUUAUGUACCGUUUUGCAAAAUUAUUAACACAUACGGCACAUUUUGCAGGUAUGUAGUUUUGGUUUUGCAUGAUCUUGUAAUCCAGUUAUAUUCAUUGAAUUAAAUUUUGAAAGUAAACUACUAUUUUUGUUA